AUGGCAUUAUAUAGCGAAAUUUGCAACGAUGAAGUUGGACUGAAGUUAUAUGCGUUCAUUGACGGUGACAAUAUGGAUCAUCUAAGUGAAUUGAAUGCCAAAGACUUGCAACAUUUGAAAAUAACUCAGACCGAUGAUAAUCAGAAAUAUACGACACUUAAAUUUAUCAUUCACAUCUUACUUCUGGGUGUUACUGAUAUGCCGAUAUAUUUUAUGCUUCUGUCAGCUAUACUGAUAUUUAAAUUCAAAAAUUAG